GCGGGGCUGAGCGGGGCGGCGGCGGCGGCGGCGGCUCCCGAUCUUCUGAAUUUGGCUCCUGAUUAAAGUUGACAGAUAAUGGAAACAUUUCCUUGGCAAUGUCUCUGGGGCGACUCCUCCGACGUGCCUCUUCAAAAGCCUCUGACUUCUUGACCUUAAAUCCUGGUGGUAGCAGCGGUUCAUCUUCUGUGCUUGAUGGGGAAAUUAUCUACUCUAAGAACAAUGUCUGUGUCCAUCCUCCUGAGCAGCUGCAAGGCAUUGGGGAGCAUCACCCAGGCUAUUUGUGCUUGUACAUGGAGAAAGAUGAGCUACUUGGUACCACACUUAUCCUUGCCUGGGUCCCAAACUCACGCAUUCAGAGGCAGGAUGAAGAAGCCCUGCGCUAUAUUACUCCUGAGAGCUCCCCUGUCCGGAAAGCUCCCCGCAAACGGGGCCGGCACACUCAGGGUUUCAGCACUGUCCGGCAGACUUCCCCCACGGAGCAGAAAGGAGCAGUGAUCCUGAAGGAAGAAGACAUCUUGGCUGUGUCACAGCUUGUGAAAGACUUGGCUUAUGUCAGCUCCCCUUCUUCGGAAGGGGAGAAGCUCUCCCAGUGUUGCCCGGCAGCAGACAGUACCCACCAUUCCCCCCAGCCUGCCCACAGUGACUCAGGAAUCUUAUCGACAAUCAGUUCUCAGGAUGAGCAGAACAGGUCGGAGCUGUCGGUGGAGGGGCUGGAGGAAGGUCUGGACUGCAGGCCGGAGCAGGGGGAGGACGACGGCUCCUUGGAGCUGUCUGCUGAUGAUGUGAGCAGGGACAGUACUUUUGACUCUGAUUCUGAUGCCUUCUCCUCCCCCUUCUGCCUCUCUCCCAUUAGUGAAGCCCUCGGGAAAAGCAGUAGUUCUGUGUUUCUGGAUAACGAAAGCAGGGACACGUGUGACAAUCGCAUGACCUGCUCGACCAGCUCUGCUUCUAGCCUUGACACCAGCGCCCAGUUCCAGGAGAGUAAUGGGCAAACACAGAACACCAGAUGGGAUGAGCAGCAGAAAGUAUUUGCCUUAGAGCAGAUCUGUGGUGUCUUUAGGGUGGACCUGGGACAAAUGAGGUCCCUUCGCCUUUUCUUUAGUGAUGAGGCAUGCACCUGUGGACAACUGGUUGUUGCAAGCAGGGAGAGUCAAUACAAGAUCUUCCAUUUUCACCAUGGUGGCCUGGAUAAACUGUCUGAGGUGUUUCAGCAAUGGAAGUACUGCACAGAGACCCAUCUCAAAGACCAGCAGCUUACGGAUGAGAAGACAUGUAUGCAGUUCUCUAUCCGUCGUCCCAAGUUGCCGUCCUCAGAGACCCAUCCAGAGGAGAACACGUAUAAGCGUCUCGAUGUGUCUGCCUGGCUCAAUCACUUGAAUGAAUCUGGACAGGUGGAAGAAGAGUACAAGCUGCAGAAGGCCAUUUUCUUUGGUGGGAUUGAUAUUUCCAUCCGUGGGGAAGUGUGGCCUUUUUUGCUGCACUACUACAGCUAUGAGUCCACCUCUGAAGAGAGGGAGGCACUGAGGAUGCAGAAGAGGAAAGAAUACUUUGAGAUCCAGGAGAAAAGACUUUCAAUGACUCCAGAUGAACAUAAAGAUUUCUUGCGUAAAGUACAGUUCACAGUAGAUAAAGACGUCGUGAGGACUGACCGCAGCAACCAGUUCUUUCGUGGAGAGGGCAAUCCAAAUGUGGAAACUAUGAGAAGAAUAUUGCUGAACUAUGCAGUAUUUAACCCAACAAUUGGAUACUCCCAAGGGAUGUCUGACCUGGUUGCCCCAAUCCUGGCAGAGGUCCUAGAUGAGUCGGAUACUUUCUGGUGCUUUGUGGGAUUGAUGCAGAAUACGAUCUUCAUCAGCUCACCCCGGGAUGAGGAUAUGGAGAAACAGCUGAUGUACCUGCGAGAGUUGUUACGGCUCAUGCACCCACACUUCUAUCAGCACCUGCUUUCCUUGGGAGAGGAUGGCCUGCAGAUGCUUUUCUGUCACCGUUGGAUCCUCCUCUGUUUUAAACGUGAAUUUCCAGAUGCUGAGGCUUUGCGCAUGUGGGAAGCAUGCUGGGCUCACUAUCAGACUGACUAUUUCCACCUCUUUAUCUGUGUGGCCAUAGUGGUGAUAUAUGGGGAUGAUGUCAUUGAACAACAGCUGGCCACUGACCAGAUGCUGCUGCAUUUCAGCAACCUGGCUAUGCACAUGAAUGGAGAACUUGUACUCAGGAAGGCAAGAAGUCUGCUCUAUCAGUUCCACCUGUUACCCCGCAUCCCCUGCAGCCUGCAUGACCUAUGCAAGCUGUGUGGGACAGGAAUGUGGGACAGCGGCUUCAUCCCUGCUGUAGAGUGCUCUGGCCAUCACCCGGAAUCUGAGAGCUGCCCAUAUGGGGGACUGGCGGAAGUGUCUUCUCCUAAACCAGGAAGUGAAGGCAAGAGAGGUCUGAAAACACGAGACGUCUUUGCUUUCCGAAAAUAGCUGCAGAGGAACAGGGUGUAGCAGCAGCAGAAGGAAGGGCAGGAAGGAUAUGUACAGGAGAAAAAUGUUAAAGACAAAAGUAGAGGGAGAGCUUGUCAAGACUCCUGAGAAGACUGAAAGGUGGAGAAUGGAAGAGGAAUUAAAUCACUUUACAGGGGGAAGUAAAUUCCAUUCCACUAAGUAGUGGAACCUGAGUGAAAUGUAUCAAACCAGGAACAGUGUUUGCAUGUUUUUGGAUUUGAUUUGGUUAGAAAUAUGAAGCAUUUCUAGAUCUUAACAAUGACCCAUUAUUUUACCUCCUGGAUAGACUAGUUAGCAACAAAAACUAUGUUACUUGCAGAUGAGAAAUGAGAACGCUCAAGAGAGACGAGUACAACUGGCAGCAUUUGUGGGUCAAGUGGAGAGAGCAGAACUGUGGCAAGACUUCUCUCUGUCAAUGUCCCUUCAUCCAGAGCAUACUGCACACAUGCACUCUCUGCUUCAACUAAAACGUGCAGCUUAGUGGCUUGUCUCUAAAGCCAUGAUGAUCAUUUUGAUUAUAUCUGCCAAAAAUAAAACUGCAAGUUAUUGGGAUAGUGGGGAGGGUAUGUCAUUUGUUGGUGAGGUAGGACUGGUCGCCUACAGGUCUGUCUCUUGCCUUUUUUUAUACAAUAUACUUGCUAGCAUGUUUUUUUCCCAUUUAUACAGGAAGUGUGCAGCCACGGGUCCUCGAGCACUGCUUUUCUGUAUUCAGGGUAUUUCACAGACCUAUUUCAAAGUUUACUUCUCCAUUAUAUUGCAGCAAAGCUGCUUCUUUAUACUGACAACUACAGACUUUAGAUACUGGUUUAUAGAAGGCUGUUGUUUCUAGUAUGUUUCCCAAUGUGUUUCCCUUAGCUCUUAUCAAGUACUGGUUAUUUUCUGUCCUUAUCUGUCUUCACCAUAGACUGUAGCAUCUACAUUGCAACUGUGCUUUAGAUGCUUCAGUUGGUAGCAGUGAUGUGCCCUCUUACCCUUCCCAAGAUGGAAACAAAACUUCAGUUGUUGCAGUCAUUUUGCUGAACUCUGUCUUUGAUAAGUUUCCCUUGCAUUAUUUUUGAGAGAACAGCAAAUUUCUCCUGCUGCCUUCUAUAAUAUAUGCCAACUGGAAGUGGAGUUGGGACCUUGAGCACAGCUGUGUUGCCAAAUACGAAAUGUCCUAACCAAAUUCAGUGACAUCCAAAGGUGUGUCCUGAGCCAAAGUUUGUGCCAAAUAGAGCCUGGAGAAUAGCUCCCUUAUAAGAAUGAAAAGGGAGACGAGGUGAAAGUGUACUGCACUGCCUUUGCUACUUCCUUUUGCAUGGUGUAUGAAGUCUUGGUGUCUUUUUACUGUUGUCUUUCUCCCUCUCACGUGAACCACAUCACUUCUUUUACACAACUAUGUCUUGGUCUGACAAGAUGAGAAGUCCAUGCUAACUUUCUAGCUUUGUCUGUUAGGCAUAUUUGCUUUAUUAGUAGCAUGUGUUGAAAACUGUGUAUCCUCUGCUGCAGCAGGUACCUCCAUCUGACAAGAAGAUUUUUUAAUGAGCCUUGCUGCAAGGUCUUAUCCUUAGCCCAUUUGCAGCUGCAUUUGCUGGACCAUGUAUGCUGUGUACCUAUUAGGAAGUGAGGCUGGCAUUUGGGAUGACUUAAUGUGAAACCACCAAGUACCAAACACAUGCUGCUUCUGCAAGGGGAAGAAGACUUGACCUUCUGCAAAUACUGUGCCAAUGAGUGCUCUUACGUGUUAGAAGGACAGUUCGGCUCCUGACUUGUGUGAAGUCUCUCUUUAAUUUGAAGGAUGAAAAUCUCCUUGAUGAGAGCAACUGUGAAAGCUAUCAGCAUAGUGCACCGCUCUGAAAUUGCCCAGAUAAUAAUGUGAGAGUUAACUGGGCUGAAAUGCUGCAGUUGUGUGCUGAGGUUGUAUGAGGUGACACCUCAUAUAAAGACUGGUGACUGCUUUGCUGUGAAGCAGGGAGUUCUUUGAGAUUUAUGACAUUUCAGUGAAUAAUAAAAGUUUGUGUGAGG